AUGUACUUUCUCAACUUCGUCGACCGCAACGCCAUCGCCCAGGCCCGGCUGAACGGCCUCGAGGACGACCUCGGCAUGUCGGGCAGCGAGUUCAACACCGCCGUUAGCAUUCUCAACGUCGGAUACAUCCUCAUGCAGAUACCAAGCAACAUGUUGAUCACCCGCGUCAAGCCCGGGGCCUGCAUAUCCGGCUGGAUGCUGCUCUGGGCCGGUAUAUCCGGCUGCACUGCCGCGGCCAAGACCUACGGUGGGCUGGUCGCCUGCCGAUUCUUCCUGGGCAUCGCAGAAGCUCCGUUCUACCCCGGUGCUACUUACAUACUGUCGAUCUUUUAUACGCAUAAUGAGCUAGCAACGCGCGUCAGCCUCAUGUGCUGCGGCCAGCUCCUCGCGACCGCAUUCGCCGGCCUCAUCUCGGCCGGUGUCUUCGCCGGCAUGGAUGGCCUGCGGGGCCUCGCUGGCUGGCAGUGGCUGUUCGUCCUCGACGGCGCCGCCACCGCCGUCGUCGCGAUGCUCGGGUUCUGGCUCCCCCCCAACACGCCCCGCAGCACGCGCUGGCUCAACGAGGAGGAGGGCGAGUUGGCCGAGGCGCGCAUGAAGCGCGACAGGAUCGGCGACGCCCUCGACAAGGCCACGGCGUGGGAGGGCCUCAAGCAGGCCUGCAAGGACGGGCGGACCUGGCUGUUCUGCUUCAUGCAGAUGUUCCACCUGUCCGCCUGCGCCUUCAACACCUUCUUCCCGACCGUCGUAGAGACACUUGGCUUCGACAUCACAACGACGCUGCUGCUGACGUGCCCGCCCUUCGUGGUCGCGGGGAUCGGCAGCGUCGUGGUCGGCUGGAGCUCCGGCAAGCUGGACGACCGGACGUGGCACAUCACGGCAUGGCUGCUCGUCGCCGUCGCCGGGUUCGUCUUGGCGGUCAGCACGCUCGACACGGCGGUGCGUUACGUGGCCUGCUUUAUCUUUUCGGUGGGCGCCUUCUCGGUCAACGCCAUCAUCGUCGGGUGGGCGUCCUCGACGCUGAGCCAGACGGAAGAGAAGAAGGCGGUUGUCCUUGCCAUGACGAAUGUCCUGGGCCACAUCGGCCAGAUCUACGGCGCGUAUCUGUGGCCCAAGAGCGACGGGCCGCGGUACGGCAUCGGGUUUGGCGCGUCGGCGGGCUUCGCGCUCCUCUCGGUCUGCUGCGCUUGGGUUGUCCGGGCGUGGCUGAUCCGGGAGAACAAGAGGAUCUGCGCAUCGACCUCCGAGCCGGUCAACUUACAUAGCUACUGAGCCAGAUGGCUAAAUCAUCAACUAAAGCCGACUAUGACAGCCAGGGGCAGUCUAGGCGAGCUCGGGCGGGAAAGGUACCUGCACAUAGGUAAGAUAGAAGCAUACGGAGGGAAGAGGGCGGCCGUCUACUGCGGUUAGGUGUAUAUAGGCAUAUGCAGAUAGUGAGCAGAAUCUCCUUUCCGCAGGUAUAUAGCAU